AUGAACAGCAAUAACCAUGAAGUCGCAAACCAAAGCCCGUUGUAUGAGGUCCGAGACUCUCGGGCCCAGGAUAUAGAAGGGGUGCUGUGUCCCUCGCUCCCCGAAAUAUUCCUAGAAUCGGCACAAUUACCUCCGGCAACAGAACCACCCGACAUGGCAGUGUUGUCAUUACAUGAGCAAGGAACUCUUCUGCAUUCUGUGGAAGAUACGUUGAAAGAAGCAGAGCUGGACAGCGGCACGGCAAACUUCAAGGAUGUGCCGGGAGUUUUAUUGAAGCUCUGGCAUGGCCAAUCCGAGUACUUGACACAAGCCACCGAAGCUCUGGCAAAUGGGAGCAGGAACCCUUCUCUUCGUCCUGUGUAUGGCCAAACGGGCAUUUUGAACUUUUUCCUUGAGCUUAUAGCUUCGAAAGAAACCAUCGAAAGCAGCCUUAUUCUCCAUUGUCUAAGGCUGAUUGGAAACUCAUGCGCUGACACAGAUGAGAAUCGAGCUACUGUGGUGAAGGACAAUUAUACAUUUGCCAUCUUACGGCAAUUACAGCGGCCGGAACUCAUAAAAGUCGUGAUACCUGUUAUAUAUAACUUAUGUGUCGACUUUGAGCCCGCUCAGGCCCAGUUGGCGGCAAACAAGAUAGUGUAUAUUCUUUUGAAGUUAGUCAAAGAUGAUGCGUUCCAGGGAAAUGACACUUUGCUUGACUAUGUUUACGAGCUUUUAGAGCUAGUGGGUGAACAAGACCAAGGCAUCGCUAACUCCCCGGAUGGAACUAUCUCACUUCUGGUAGCGUCUGCACUGAAAAAUGAGUCCGAACAAGCUCUAUCCCAAUAUUGUUGUCUCGCAAACUGCAUGGCGACAUAUUUAAACAACAAUAGAUUCCAGGACAUCUGCAUAUCAAAACGCAUAGUUCCCGACAUAGUAUCAGUACUCAAAAAAUCACUGUUUUUCAACACCCCAACCUCAAGUGACGAUGCGAAGGCUCUCAUACAGUCACAACUGAAAAUCAACCAGGCGUUAGCAGAAUUAUCAGCGUCGCCGCUUUUUGCGGAGAUGUACCACUUAGAUGACCCCUUGUCACAAACGCUCAAAUCGUGGUUGAGCAGCUCAGAAGACCAACUCCAAAUAUGCGCCUGCAUUAUGCUCGGUAAUCUGGCUCGAUCCGACGAUAUAUGUGUGACAAUGGUUAAGGAGCUGCAAAUCCACGAAGAACUGAUAGCUGUUCUCAACAGCAACGCUGGAGGGGCAACUCUGCACUCGGCACUCGGCUUCCUCAAGAACCUGGCAAUUGCUGGUGACAACAAGAUCUCUAUAGGCGAGGCUGGGAUUAUACCAGCUAUCGCGCGACUCUGGAACUACGAAACUGCCCCCCAGGUUCAACUCGCAGCAACUAGCCUCGCCCGACUGUUGGUCAACUAUUCCAUGGAGAAUAUCAGUCGGUUACUGCAGCCCGCUACAACCUCUGCAGGAGUGAAUGAAAAUGACGGUGAACGAACGUACUUGUCGUUACUCCUUGCACUAUUCGAAAGAUCCGACUCGACCCCUAUAUUGACUGAAAUCGGACGCAUAACAGCAUCCCUUUGUCGCACAAUCAUUCCCAAAUAUAAGGCUGGUGAACAGAGCGACUUCUCUGUUGAUUCCCUUCUCGACCGUCUAUUUACCCAUCAUGAGGGCAUAGCAUCCCCGCUUGGUGCUAUGAUAACGCAGACCCAAUGGCCUGUUGUCCGGAGCGAGGGGUGGUUUGCUCUUGCACUUUUGGCGUCUACCAAGACCGGUGCUGAAGCAGUUAUAAAUGGCCUGCAAAAAAUUGACGGGUUCUCAUUGAUUGAACAGACUCUGAGUGUUGAAGAGCCCGCUUCAGAUAAGGAGGCGGGUAAAUACCAAUGGCGCAAAGACCGGGACAACAUUGUCGUUCUCGUGCAAGAGUUACUAAAGAAUAAGCCCGACACUGUUGACGGGUCUUGGAACUCCAGGGUCCAGGAUUUAAUAAGCCAAUAUGUCUCGAAGUAUCUCAAACGGGAUUAA